AUAUAUCACAUAGACACACAUAAAUAUAUUAUCAUAAAUAAUAGAUGUAAAAUGAUUUUACUUAUAAAAUUACUCAAAUAAUUCAUGAUAGUAAAUUUGCAACGAUUGUAAGUACGUCUUGUGUUCAAUUUGCAUACUGUAUUGCUGCACAGGUAAAAAUGGAAAACGUACAGCAAAGUUCCAAUGGGUCUAGUUUCAAUGAUUACAACGACGUCAAUUUGACUAUACGGAUUCUAUUUCAUGGCCGAGAAGUCGGAAAUGUCAUUGGUAAAGGAGGUGAAACUGUAAAAAAUAUAAGAGACCAGUCUGGUGCUAGAGUUUUAAUCUCUGAUGGUUCAACUCCAGAGCGUAUUGUUACCAUUACUGGAACUACUAAUGCAAUUUGUAAAGCUACUGAACUUAUUGGACUAAAAGUUGAAGAAUUUUUUGAGAGACAAAAUGGUGAUUGGAAUGGCCCAAAAGCACCUUUGACUUUUAAGCUAAUUGUACCAGCAUCUCAAUGUGGUUUCAUAAUUGGAAAAGGUGGAUGUAAAAUAAAAGAAAUUAGAGAAUCAAGUGGAGCUGCCAUACAAGUAGCAUCAGAUAUGUUACCCAAUUCAACUGAGCGUCUAGUUUCAAUUACUGGUACUACGGGCACAAUAUCUCAAUGUGUUUAUCAAGUGUGCAAUGUACUAUUAGAUUCUCCGCCACGUAGUGCAACAAUACCUUAUGAUCCUCGCAGUAAAACUUCAGGAUUUGCUAGUAGUGCAGUUGGUAAUGAUUUUGGGAGACAACGCACUAAUCCUUUAGCCAGUCUAGCAGCUCUUGGGUUAGGAACUGCAUCGACUGGAGGUAUUAAUCCAGCUGCCUUAGCUGCAUUAGCUGGAAGUCAGUUGAGAACAGGUAAUCGUCAAAACCGAAAUGGUGGUGGGGAACAUAAAAAUCAAAAUUCUAAUUCAAACACUGAGACAAUAUCAAUGACUGUACCUAAUGACUUAAUCGGAUGUGUCAUUGGUAGAAGAGGAAGUAAAAUUGCAGAAAUUCGACAAAUAAGUGGUGCUUUAGUACAUAUAGCUAAAGGUGAAGGAACUCAUGAAAAUGGUGAGAAUGAAGAUCGUCAUAUAACAAUUACAGGAAACAAAGAUUCUAUUUCAGUUGCCAAGUACUUAAUUGAAAUGAGCGUGGAACUGCAGAAAGCCAAUCUUGAGGGGGCAAACUCAUCCUCUAGUCCUGACGAUGGGUCCAGCUCAACCUUGCCCACUCCUCCGACGGUGGCCGCAUCUCCUUUGUCGUCCGCCAUCCCAUUGGCUCAACUAUUUGCCAAGCCGGGUGCCAUUAAUGCCCUAUCCAGCUUAUCUGCUCUUGGCGGCCUAACCGACCUCUUGGGAGCCUUAUCUGGCGCCAAUCAAUCCCCUCCGAUACAGACCACGGGUGUCCAUCGCCCGAAAAAUUAUUUCCAGAGAAACCGCAGUCCUUCAGGCGAAAAAACCAAAGCAGACAGGACCAAGUUUGCUCCUUACUGAAUGCCAAUUGAUCCAAAAUCCGCCAAUUAUUGCUAUUCAUACUAAUGUUUUAUCCUACCCAUUUUCAUUUCUUUAUUUUUAAGUAGUUUUUUUCAUUAUUUUAUAAUUUAUUUAAUUAUUCAUUAAGAAAACUUCUAAUUUUUGAAAGUCUGAAACAAUUCUAAAAAAAACAUCUCUUUUUUGUUUUUAAAAUAUUUAACAUAAUUGAUUUUAUUUAUAGAGUUAAACUUAAAACAUUAAAGUUAGAAACAAAUCUCUUUCGUGGGUGGAAUUAUUGCAUUUUAAGGUUUUAGUAUAUUAUUUUUAUUUAAUAUAUUUUAUUGUGUCCAAUUUAUAUUUCACUUUUUAGUUUAGAUUGUUUCCAAUCACUACUUAUAGCCUAUAUUUUUAGUUCUUACAUUAUAUUUUUUUUUAGAUCUUAUUGAUAAUAUAUCUUGUAUUCCUUAUUUUAUUUCUUAAUUUUUAACAAAUUAAUAUGAAAUCCAAUAAAUAAAAUCUGCUCUGCUUACAUUUGUUGAUAUAAUAUUUUUAUGAUAAUAAAAUGUAAUUAUGGGUUCACAAAAAUUAAUGAAUCAUUAUUUACUACUUCAUGUAGUUAUAAGAUAACGUGUUUAUGUUUCGAUUUCCUUGUUUUUUGGGGUUUAUAUUCAUUAAAGUAUUUACUUUAUAAUUUUUAAAUAUGCAUGUUUUAAUUCUUUUAAAUUACAAGUUGGACAGAAUUACACAUAUACAUUUGAAAACAUAUAAUUAUAAUCUUUUUAUAUUUCAAGUGUCAACACAAGCAUUUUGUUAUUUGUCUUGGAUACAAUUAACACAUUAGCUGCAUAUCAUAUUUAAGUAUAGUUGUGAUGUUGAAUAAAUUGGAAUUUAAAAAAAAACUCAAACAUUGAAAAAUUAAAAUAUCAUUAAAUAACUUGCACGUACAUAUGAAAUAAUACUUGUAGGAUAGGAUAAUAAAAAAACUAGUUAUUUAAUUACAAUACAUUAAUAACAUGGUAGAUAAUACCAGUUGGCGUCAUUCAGAAUAUGUGAACAAUGUUAAUUGACAUGUUUUGGCAUCAUCUACUGUGAACAUGUUAAAAUCCCCAAAUUUUUAUUCAUGAAAAUUUUUAAUUAAUUUAAUAUUAAGAUGAACAGUUGGAAUAAUAUAUACUAAGUAGUAACUACUUGUUUAAUAUUCUAUAUAGUAUCUUAUAUUGUACAUUAUUUGUAUACAAACAACCAUCUUACCUUAUGCAUGUAUAAUAAUAUGCUAUAUUUUCUGUAUCGUACAAUAUUUUUAUGUAAAAGUAUAAUAACCCACUAAUUUAUAUUGUAUCAAUUUUCUUUGCUUGAAAUGUUGGAAAAAGAUUUGUUUUUUUUUAAAUAAUAAUGUCUAUUUAAUAUUAUUCUUUUUCUUAAUUUUGUGAUAUUAUAACAACUCCCCUUCAUCUAUACAUACUUACACACACACAAUAUCAUACUAGUCUUAUAAUGUUGAAAAUCUUUUACAUUAUUUAUACAUGUAACAUACUAAAUAGUACAUUUAAAAGUGUGGUAGAUAGCAUGUUGAAUAAGUACUUGAAACGUGAAAACCCCACAUGGUAAUGUUUUUCAUUAAUAACAUUAAUAAUCUUAUGAUACAUGUGUUGAGGCAAUCAGUGGUGAUUUAUGUGAAUUUUGGCCCAGUUAACUUUUUAAAAAAAUAUUAAAGAAAUGAGGAUAUAAAAUAUUGAAAUUAUAUUAAUAUAUAUAAUAAAAUUUGUUGAAGUUUUGAUAAAAUAAAAAUAAUGAUAAUGUAGUCAAUUAUGAUCCAAUGUUAGUUGUUAUACAUUAUAUUAUAUUUAUACUGUGAUAUUGUAUUAUUACAUUAAAUCUUACACACAUUCAUACAUAUUUAUAAUCACAAUUGCACCAAAUAAUUAUUUAAAUUAUAAAUUGUUAUAACACUUAUAAUAAAUAAUCAACAAUGUACUAUUCAUAUUAGUUGAUUAAACUUAUUGUUAAGCUUACAUCCCAACUAAGCAACUAAAACAACGUUUUUAGAAUAUCAAUAAUGAUAAAUAAUGGCAUUUUAAUUUUUACCUAACUCUUAUUUUUAAACUUUAAAUGGUGUAGAACCAAAAAAUUAUUUAUUUUUAUUUAAAAUUAUCAAACAAUUGUAAUUUGGCUAAAAAUUAAUUUUACACUCUUAGAAAAAUUUAAUUAAAUAUUUAAAAGAUUUUUAAAAAAGUGUUAAAAAUAAAACAAGUAAUAUAUAAAAUAUAUUAUACAAAUUGUAUAUAAGAAAUAAAAUUGUCUUCAUUUACUUUGUGAUUAAAAUUAUUUUAUUUAUAUUUAAUAUAUUGCAAUCUGAAGAUAACUUAAAAAAAAGUGGUAGUAUUAAUUAUCUUAAAAAUUAUCUUUAUUUUUCUGAGUAAUCUGCUUUUUGUUUAAAUUUAAAACUAAUCACCUUAUAAUAUAUUUAUUAUUUUAUUUAAUUUUAAAUUGUUAUAUUAUAAUCCUAGUAAUACAUUUACAUUUAUAAUAAAAUAAAAUUUAAAUUCAAAUAAUACAUUUGUAUGUUUUUUUUUUAGUUUUAUUAUGAAAAAAAUGUAUCAUUUACUUUUAGACUUAAAAAAUAAUUUGUUUCAAUUUUUUCCUUAAUCCCACUUUACAGUUUAUUUCUAUACAUCAUUUUACUCUUCGGUUAUACUCACUACCAAAGUGUAAGCUGCUUUUAAUCUUCCACAACAUUUGUGCUAUCUAUUGUAUUAUCAACUACUUUUACGAUUACUAUCAUAAUCCUUAUUGAUGACUAUUUAAUAUGAUCUAUAGCUACAAGUAAGCUAUUUUUUCCUGAAAAAUCCAUCAAGAUAACAAACUCAAUGGAAAUAUUGGUCGAACCGUUGAUGUGUUUUGAAUGUAUCGAUAUUUGAUAUAUUUUGGUUGAUAUAUUCACUACCUUUAGCCGUCUAUUACUAGACGUUAAUAGAACUAUUUUGAACUGGUCACUUAUUUAACACUGACAAUCAUUUAAGAAGGAUGUUGCCAUGAUAUUAGAAGACUGCAGAAAUUUGCCAACAUAUGACUUCCAUUUAUAAAUAAUUCAUUAUCUAAUUAUUAAAAAAGAAGAAAAUUUCAGUUAUUUAAUGAACAACGUGCUUACAAAUUGAUUUGAACGAUUUUUAUGAAGUUGUAUGCUUACAACAUUCUUUAAUUCUUGAAAUUUUACCAAUUAUAAAAAUGACAACAAAUUAAGUAUUUGUGUACUUAACUAUUUUUAAGGAUAUUGAUGAUUUUACUUAAUAUAUAUUAUUAUGUUUUAUAUUAA